ACCCGGAUGGGUCUUUCACAAAACGACGUAUCUCUUUUUCAGACCGGAAGUUAAACUGCCUCUGUUCAGGUUUGCACUCGUUACUACCAAACUCUGUUAGGUUUACCUUCUUCGUUUGGAAGAUGCUGUCUAUGUUCAAGUCCAUCCCCACGCACAUGGAUUACAAAGGCCAGAAGCUGGCCGAACAGAUUUUCCAAGGAAUAAUACUCAUCUCAGCGGUGAUUGGAUUUGUGUACGGUCUGAUCAUCGAACAGUUUGGGUGGACAGUGUACAUAGUCUUAGCUGGAUUUGCUGUGUCCUGUGUGUUGACCCUGCCUCCUUGGCCGAUGUUCAGAAAGAGUCCUCUGUCCUGGCAGCCGGUUGUACCAGAGACCAGCGGGGAUUCGUGCCAAAAACCCCAGGAAAGCCUCAAGAAGAAGAAGCACAAGUAACUCAAGUGUCCCUGCUCGGUUGUGAAUACGUCUUUUUAUAAUGGAAAUCAUUUGAAGAAUUUAGGAUGAAAACUUUGUUACAGUGUUUGUUGGUCAAUAAUCCCUGGGAAAUCCCUGUGUCCAAUUAAUAAACAUGUCAAACUGUC